AUGCUGGCCAUCAAGCUGCGCCACCGCAUCUUUCCGCAGCGCAUCUACCAUGCGUUGCAUCCCAGCUUCGACAACGUGCCCGAGGGCGAGAUCCAAGUCGAUAGUAAUCGAGUACUUGGCCAAGGCCACUACGGAAUUGUCUACGAAGGCACGUUUCGCGGGCUGCGUGUGGCCGUCAAGAAGGGUCCAUCUUCCGCUGCCUUCAGCCUUCAAAAUGAGAUCAACGCCAUGGAGAGAUGCAACUCGCCGUAUCUGCUUACGCUCAUCGCGGUCUCGGGGCGGUAUACUAAUUAUCCCCAGCUCGUGCUCGAGUACAUGGACGGCGGCAACCUCCGCGAGUACCUCGACAAGAAGCGAGAGGGUGAGUCGGUCCCGAUCGAGUACUCGACGCUGGACGUGGCGUGGGUGCUGGCGAGUGCGCUUGCGGACCUGCACCGGAAUGGCUUUGUCCACCGCGAUCUCAAGAGCCACAACGUCCUUCUCUCUUCCGAGAGCUACAUCAAGGUCGCCGACUUUGGCACGGCAAGAGCGGCUGACCGCAACCUGACGGCAAAUACCGGCACACCGGCAUGGACUGCGCCCGAGGUCUUUUCAUCGACUGCGACGUCCACAUACGACUCUGCGGCCGACAUUUACUCGUUUGGCGUCGUCUUGAUCGAGCUCGUGACGCUCCAAGAGCCGUACGCAGACGUGAAUGUGUUCGAUGUCCUAGUACGCGUUCGCGACGGUUCGUUGCGUCCGAACGACAACUUGUCCAACUUUGUCGACUGCCCUGCGUGGCUCGUCCAGCUCAUUGACGACUGCGUGGCGUUUGAUCCCAAGAUGCGCCCGGCCGCCAACGCAAUCGUUGACCGUCUCGCUUUGCACAGUGCACUUGACCCGACUGCGCCGCACGCUGUGGACCGAAUGAUGCCGCCAAUGGCCUAAGCUUGCCAAGACAAGUUGAAGAUACGACAAAGCAGUAUCGAGCUAUCGUUCACGCUCCUGCAUUGCGACUAACACAAUUUUAUAACUAACUAUUCAUGUACUGCUGCAACAGGUCCCAUCCGGGGUGAGCUGGCAGGAACUUUUGUAUUG